AUGGUUCUUUCCUCAGAUAGCCCCAUUCCCAAUGGGACAACCACAAACGGCACACGGUCAGCUGAACCAGCAGCACCAGCCGCUCCUUCCCGCAGAAGCUUUGGUGUCCAGCGUACCAAAGAAAGCACGACCGCAUUUCCCACCCCCGAACCCAUUGCGGUGUGUGGCAUUGGACUCCGUCUUCCCGGCGGGAUCCGGAAUGGAGAUGAUUUUUGGGAGCUUCUUAUUAACGGUCGAGACGCGCGGGCGGAGAUACCUGCGAGCCGGUUCUCCGUUGAAGGGUUCGACGCUUCACUCGGCGGCGACAGGUCAAUUUCCUCCAAGCACGGGUAUUUCCUGGAGGAUGACCCCUCAUGCCUCGACACAUCAUUCUUUUCCAUGACGAAGAAGGAGAUUGAGGAAUGCGAUCCCCAACAGCGCAUGCUUCUGGAAGUUGCUAAGGAGUGUUUCGACGAUGCCGGCGAGGUGAACUACCGCGGACAGCCCAUCGGUUGUUAUGUGGGCGCUUUCAGCCAUGACUGGGAAGGAAUGUUCACCAUGGAUGCCUGCAGCAGUGCCACUUAUGUCAUGGGAAGUCUUGACUUGGCCCUAGCCGGCCGCAUCUCGUACGAAUUCGAUCUUCGCGGCCCUAGUUUGGUCGUCAAGACGGGAUGCUCCGCCUCCCUCGUGGCCCUACACGAUGCAUGUCGUGCUUUACAAGCGGGAGAUGCUUCGGCCGCUCUGGUAUGCGGCACGAGUCUCAUCCUGUCUCCAGCAUUCAUGAUGAUGUUUGCUCAAAACGGCGUGCUGUCUCCGGAUGCAUCGUGUAAAUCGUUUGAUGCCGCUGCGGACGGCUUUGCUCGCGCCGAAGGAAUAACGGCUGUGUACUUGAAGCGCCUCGACGAUGCCAUCCGUGAUGGCAACCCUAUUCGGGCUGUCAUUCGCAACAGCGGAUCCAACAACGAUGGCCGCAGCCAGGGACUCACCUGUCCAAACGGCGAGGCACAUGAGGCCAUGAUGCGGACCGUGUAUGCGCAAACCAGGCUUGACCCGGCCGAGACCGCCUAUGUCGAGUGCCACGGAACCGGGACACCCGUCGGAGAUCCAAUCGAGGCGGGAGCGGUUGGCAAUGUCUUCGGUGACCAUGGCGUUUAUAUUGGUUCUGUCAAGCCUAAUGUCGGUCACUCUGAAGGCUGCUCUGGCAUCACGAGCUUAAUUAAGGCCAUGCUGAUAUUGGAGCACCGCACGAUCCCACCGAAUAUCAAGUUUUUGAACCCGAAUCCCAACAUUCCGUUUGAAGAGAAGAAGCUCGUCGUCCCUAUCAAAUCCACCCCCCUUCCGAAGGACAGGGCGGAAAGGGUCAGCGUCAACUCGUUCGGGAUCGGCGGCUCAAACGCACAUGCCAUUCUAGAGUCAUGGGCACAAUACUCGAAGCAAUCCGACCCGACCACCACGUUUGACCAACAACAAGCGGGCCCCCGUUCUAACGGCGAAGGUCAGGGACAUGGUAGUAGUGACGCUAGCGAUGCCAUUGCUGCGAAGGACAACGGGACCUCUUCGGAGCCCGUGCUGCUUCUUUUUUCAGCAAAUCGUCCGGCGUCGUUGAAACGCCAAACUGAACGUUUUGAGAAGUUUGUUGCCGCGCAACCGCAAAGAAUCCAAGAUGCUGCAUAUACGCUCGCGCUGCACCGGGAGCGACUUCCCCAUACCGGAUUUGCUAUAGUGCAAGACGGGAAUAUCGUCGAAAUGUCGGCCCCAGCCAAGUCAGGGUGUGCUUCCCAGCCCAUCAUCAUGGUAUUUAGCGGACAGGGUGCUCAAUGGCCUGGUAUGGGCCGGGAACUAAUCUUGUCCAACCCAUCUUUCCGCCAGGAUUUCGUCUUGAUGGAUGAGAUUCUCCAGAAACUACGGGUUCCACCGCAGUGGUCUUUGUUAGAUGAACUGCUCAAGGACGCCGAGUCGAGCCAGGUGCACCGCGCCGAACUCUCUCAGCCACUCUGUACGGCAUUGCAGAUUGCUCUGGUCCGUCACUUCAAGCGGCUGGAUAUCACGCCUAAUGCUGUCGUGGGUCAUUCCAGCGGCGAGAUCGCGGCUGCCUACGCUGCCGGGUAUAUUUCGCUCGACCAUGCCAUGGCGGUCGCGUAUUACCGUGGUUACGUUACUGCCCACAACACUGCAGUGCUCCCGGUCGGACAGAUGGCUGCGGUGGGCCUUGGUGCUUCGGACGUGAAGCCAUUGUUACGGCCUGGUGUGUGUGUUGCGUGUGAGAACAGUCCAUCGAGCACGACGAUUUCCGGUGACGAGACUGCUGUGCAGGAGACCAUGGCGGCGGCCCAGGAGAAGUUUCCCGAAGCAAUGGCUAAGCUCCUCAAGGUCGACAUGGCCUAUCAUUCUCACCACAUGGCCCUAUUGGCGACGGAAUAUCUCGAGUUGAUCAAGGGAGAAGAUGGCCUGUCUCGCUGUACCGAAACUGAGAAAAACAAAUCUGACGUGCUCUUCGUCUCCAGCGUCACAACAGAGCAAAUCACUGACGUGGCAACGCUUAGCUCUCCCUCAUAUUGGGUCGGCAACUUGGUCUCGCCCGUAAAGUUCAACGAAGCUGUCUCCAACCUGCUCAGCUUGGUAACGGCAACACUUACCGCUGGGCGGACGGCGGGUAUUGUACUCGAGAUUGGCCCGCACUCAGCACUGGCGGGGCCGCUGCGGCAAAUUGCAAAAGCUGGUGGGCACCACACGGGCUAUGUACCUUCGCAGGUGCGUGGAAAGGACAGCGCGGUCAGCUUCCUCUCAGCACUCGGGCAGCUGUUCCAGGAAUGCGUGGCGGUCAACUGGAGAGCACUGUUCCCGGCGCAUGAUCGGGCUGCCGCGGGGCUCCCGACGUACGCUUGGGAUCAUAGCGCGGGCCCGUUCUGGUAUGAGAGUCGGCUCGCCAAGGACUGGCGGACACGUCGAUUCCCAUCACACUACCUACUGGGGGCGCGUGCCGUGGAGGCAGCCGGGACAGCACCGCUCUGGCGCAAUGUGAUCAGCCUGGAACGCGAGCCCUGGCUGGCAGACCACAAGAUACGGGACAACAUUGUGUUCCCAUUUGCUGGGUACGUGGCGAUAGCCGGGGAGGCGGUCCGGCAGGUCACGGGCUGCGAGACAGGAUAUCGGCUGCGCCGCAUAGUGGCGCGCACGGCACUGGUGCUGUCGGCCACGGAGCCGGUGGAGAUGGUCACGUCGGUACGGCAGCAGAGGCUCACGCACAUGGAAGACUCGCGCUGGCUCGAGUUCUCCAUUGCGUCGUGCAGCGGCGGGGUCUGGGUGAAGCACUGCGAGGGAGAAGCAGCCGCGCUGGAGACCGUCCCUGUGGCUACGACGAGCUUUGGGGCAGAGCCGUUCGUGCGUAGGGUGGGCACGGGGCGGCUGUACGAUGCGUUGGCGCGGACCGGGCUCAUAUUUGGGCCGGACUUCCGGCGUUUGGAUAGUGUGUCGGCAUGCGUGGGAGAGGGGAAGGCACAAGCCCGGGCGCUGGCAGACCCCUCCAUAGAGCAGGCGAUUGUGGGCCCACUGCACCCGGCGUCCAUCGACGCGUGUCUGCAAUCGAUGCUUGUGGCCAAUGUGCAGGGGGCGUGCUGGAUGUUCCAGGAUCUGGUGAUGCCGACGAUGGUCGAAAGCCUGGAGGUGGCCCACGGCUCGCGGGAGAUGCAGGUGACAGCGACGGUGCCCACCGUGGGGGGGCUCGGCGCAGCCUACGUGGAGUGCGUGACGGACGACGGGCGGGUGGCCCUGCGGAUGCGCGGGCUCAAUGCGGUAACGCAGGAGGGUGACGGUGGCGACGGUGGCGACGAGGACACGGCGGUGGGAGGGCCUGACAACCACGCAGCGGCUGGGCUGCACUGGCUGCCGGACCUGGACUUUGGGUCGCCGACCAUGCCAGCCCCGAAGGCCGACGUGACGGGCCCGCAGCUGAUUGAGGGCAUGGUGUUUCUGUGCAUUCUCGAGUCCGCCGAUGUCGUCGAAACGCUGACGCCGGGGCAGCCACACCUGGCCAAGUACCGCGAGUGGCUCAAGCUCCAGGUAUCGCAGGCGCACAAACAGACGGAGCCGCAGCCUCACAUUGUCGGUGGCAAGACGGUUGACCUCUCCCCAUCUGUUCUCCUCGGUCUUUCGCGCGCGGACCGCCAGGCGCUCAUCAAGGCGACGCACAGGACGAUUCUGGACGGAGUCGCGGCUGAGUACCACGGCCGGGCACUCGCAGCCAAGCGCGUGAUGGACCACGCAGCGGCGUUGUUCACGGGCGAGGCGAACGCGCUGGAGUUGCUGGCGCACGACGAUCUAUACGAGCGCGUGUAUGACCACGUGCAGCUCGGGCACGAGCGGUUGAUGUCGCUUCUGACGCAUUCACGGCCAGCCAUGCGGGUGCUGGAGGUCGGAGCAGGCACGGGGAGCUCCACGGAGCUGCUGUGGCGUGACUUGGCGCCGGGCUGUGGUGUGGGCGGUGGUGUGGGCGGUGGUGUGCUGCCGGGCUACAAGGAGUACGCCUUCACGGACAUCUCGCCGGGCUUCUUCCCGGCCGCACGCGAGCGGUUCCGGGACAUGCCCAACAUGGUGUUCCAGGUGCUGGACAUUUCCAAGGACCCGCUCGCGCAGGGGUUCGAGGCGGGCCGGUACGACCUGAUCAUAGCGGAGAACGUGGUGCACGCGACGCCGUGCUUGCGCGAGACGCUGGCUAACCUGCGCGUGCUGCUCAAGGACGACGGCGUGCUGCUACUGGACGAGCUGUCUUCGGCUAGGAUGCGGAUGUGGUCGUUUGUGUUCGGCCACUUUCCCGGCUGGUGGCUGGGCGAGGCGGACGGCCGGCUGUGGGAGCCGUACGUGCGGCCGGAACGCUGGGACAUGGAGCUGCGGCAGGCCGGCUUCCGGGGCAUCGAGGCCAUGUGCGCGGACGCCGAAGCGCCGUGGGAGUCGCGGGCCACCAUGGUAUCGCGAGUGGCGCCCAGGGAGAACGGGCAAGGGGCGGCCGACGAGCAGCAGAGCAAGAAGAGCAAGAAGAAGGUCACGGUGCUGUACCACAGCGCUGCCGACACGGGGCCGACUGCCUCGGUCAUCGCGGGCCUCCAGCGCGAGGGCUGGGCCGUGACGCCGUGCCGACUCGGCGGCCACGAGCUGCCAGACGGGGAACAGACCAUCCUCGCGACGGUGGACCUCGAGUCGCGCUGGUUCGACGAAGACACGCUGACGCAGGACGGAUUCGCGGCCUUCCAGCGUCUCGUGCGGCAUCUUGAGGGCAAGGCGUGCCGCAUGCUGUGGCUGAUGGCCCCCUUCCAGAUGCGGUGCCGCAACCCGCGUGGGGCCCAGUCGCUCGGAGUCGUGCGCACAUUGCGGGCCGAACUGGGGCUGCUCGUUUUCACGCUCGAGCUGGACUAUGAGCGCGAGGGCGGAGUUGCCGUGGUGCCGCUGGUGUCGGAGGUUUUGGUCCAGAAAGUGCAGCGUGCACGUGACGAGGACUCGCUCAAUGCGGACCGCGAGUUUGCCAUUGAGGGCGGCACGGUCUACGUCGGCCGCUUCCGGCCCUUUUCGCUCUCCAAGGUCCGGCAUAAUAACACGGAUAAUGCGAUGGUCAAGGACGCGCCCAAGGACGUGGUUCCCUCCGCCGAGUCUGCCGAGUCUGCCGAGUCUACUGAGCCUGCUCCCAAAGAGGAGGAGUCCAAGGACAAUGAUCUCAUUGACCUGCCCACAACAACCACGAUCAUGCACAUUGCGCGGCCCGGCGAUCUGAGCUCGGUCACGUGGAUCACAGAGGCGCUUCCCACAGCCAUCCCGCCGGGCCACCUGCUGGUCAAGAUCCACGCGGCGGGCCUCAACUUCCGCGAUAUCCUGCUGGCCACGGGCACCCUGCAGGCCCCGCUGGGGACGCAGCAUCUCGCGAUUGGCAUGGAAGCGUCGGGCACGGUCCUGGCCGUUGGGCCCCCCAAGUCCGCCGAAUGGGCCGAGUCCUCCGACGGCGCCCACCAUCUCACCUUCCAGCCCGGCGACCGCGCGCUGAUUUUGUCGGACACCGGAACGCUGGCCACGACACUCGUCAUCCCGUCCACCCAUGCCUGCAGCUACCCCGCGACCAUCCCGCCCGAUCUCGCGGCUGUCAUCCCGGUGUGCGUCGGGACUGUGGUGCGCGGACUCGACGAAAUAGCCCGUCUGCGCCCGGGCAUGUCGGUGCUGGUGCACUCUGCCUGUGGCGGCAUCGGCCUAACCGCGCUCGAGCUGUGCCGUGCGGUGGGCAAAGUUACCGUGUUUGCCACUGUGGGGACCCCCGAGAAGGUGGACUUCCUCGUCGAGACGUACGGACUGCCGAGAGAGCGCAUCUUUAGUUCUCGCAACGACGGGUUCCGCGAAGGGGUUCUGCGCGAGACCGGCGGCCGGGGCGUCGACGUGGUGCUCAACUCGCUCACAGGCGAACUGCUGCACGCGAGUUGGCAAUGUGUGUCCAGGUGCGGCACCAUGAUAGAACUAGGCAAGAAGGACCUCCUCGGCGCCGGCCGUCUGGACAUGGCGCCGUUUCUGGGUAAUCGCGCCUACGCCGGCGUUGAAUUUUUGCAAUAUUUCCAGGAUGACCCGUUGAAUCGUUAUCCCAUUAUGCAUCUUAUCCUAACUGGUCUCGACAGACUUCUCGAUCACUACUUUGCUCUGCUCCACGACGGCCGCGUCCGCCUCCCAGACCCGAUCACGUACUUCACCGCAGCCGAAACCGAGACGGCCCUGCGGUUUUUGCAAAACGGUGGCCACAUCGGCAAGGUUGUUGUCAAGAUCCCAGACGAUCUGCCAACCACCCUCGCACAGAGCCCUCGCCACAUUCGCCCGGUGACCCUCGACCCAGAUGCCACGUACCUUCUCGUCGGCGGCGCCAAGGGCCUCGGAGGCCUCCUCGCCAUCUGGCUGGCCCACCAGGGUGCCCGUCACGUGACCAUCCUCUCCCGUAGCGCCGGCGAGAGCCCCGAGACUGCCGGCCUGUUCCGCGAGCUCGAGGCCGUGGGCUGUGCCGUCAGCGCCGUCGCCGGCAGCGUCGAGAAUAUGGCCGACGUCGAGGCCGCCGUGUCUGUUUCGGGCCGGCCCGUGAGGGGCGUCUUUCAGUUUGCCAUGGUCAUGAAUAACGCCGCUUUUCUCGACAUGACUUGGGACGAAUGGACCGCCACAGUCGGCCCCAAGGUCCGCGGCACGUGGAACCUGCACGAAGCCCUGGCCGGACAGCCCCUAGACGUAUUCUGGAUGGCCAGCUCGCUUGGCACCAUGUCAAACACGCCGGGACAGGCCAACUACGUAGCCGCCUGCGUCUUUCUCGAAUCCUUUUGCCAGUACCGUCACAGCCUCGGCAUGCCGGCCACCGUGCUCAACAUCUGCGCCAUGGACGGUGUCGGCUACGUCGCCGACCACGCCCAGACGCGUCGCAGCAUAGAGGCCCACAGUGUAUACAUGCUGGGCGAGCGCGCCUUUCUCGACUUUCUGGAGUUCAAUAUCGUACACGCUGCCGCCAGGGCGGACAUGGACAGCCACCCGAGCCAAGCCGACGACAGCGUGCUCGUGUCCUGGACAAACCCCGGCCAAGUCUUCAUGGGCCUGCGCUCCAGCCGCACCGACCUUUCGCUCGACGAUCCUGCCAACCGCACUCCCUGGCGCCGCGACAUGCGCGCGAGCGUCUACCACAACGCCGCCCAGACCACCGGCCGCGCGGGAGCGAACUCUUCCGCCAGCCCCUGGAUCUCCGCAUUCGUCGUCCAGAUUUCCACCGCCGAGUCCCCCGCUGUUGCCACGGCUCUGGUCACGGAUCCCGUCAACGUCGAUCGCCUGGCCCGCGAGCUCGGCCGCAAGAUCCACGAGCUGAUCCUCAAGCCCGUCGACAGCCUCGACGACAUUGACGUGAUGCUGACCCUCGCCCAGCUCGGCCUCGACUCGCUCGUCGCCGGUGAGCUACGUCGCUGGCUGCGUGGCGCCCUGGGCGUGUCUGUCAACACCCUCGAGAUUGGCGGCUCGGGGACCCUGCUGCAGCUCGCCGGUGUGACCGCCGCAAAGUUGGCCCACCGGUUGAUCAAGGGAAGGGAAAGGGGGGCUGAUGCGGGUGAUGAGGAGAAAAUUGAGAGGGAAAAGGAGGAAAUUGAGAAGAAAGAGGAGUAA